UCACGAUUGCGCUGCUUCAUUGCUACUCUGACUCGCGCGUCAAUGAACGCCGGCUACACAGGAGGAGCUCAGGCGAGGAGCCCUGCGCCGACGAGCGCCGCACCUCCGACCGCGGCGGUCCACGCGACGACGAGCGCGCGAUCGACGGUGCCGAGCACAGCGGACGAGGCCCCGCUCGAGCCGCCCGCUGCGCCCGCCGCCGCCGACGACGACGAGGCCGGUGCGCUCGUCGACGUGCUGCUGCCGCUCGACUGCGACGCGCUCGACGACGACGAGCCCGCCGACGUCGCCAUCGACGAGCUCGUCAUGCCCCUCGAGCUGUUGACAGCGCUCGACGACGUCGGCUGCGCCGAGACGGCGGUUGUCGCGCCGGCGCCCGCAACGAGGUCGGAACGUUGGUGAGGCACGACGACGCGCC